CCUUCUGUUGUCAGUGUGAAAUCUGCCAGAAACAUCAGACUUCCCCCACUAUCCUUCUACUACCACUAUCAUUCAUGGGUCAUUUCUUUUUUUUCUCUUUUUUUAAUUAUUAAAAUAUAAAUAUUUAUUAAUUAAUUCUAGUAUAAGUUCAAAAUAACCAAAAAGAUAUUCAACACAUUUAAUUACUCCACUUUCACAAAAUAAAACACAGUUUCUAGUACUACACUCCUAAGUCCAACAAUUUUCUCUCUCUAACCAAAAAUGGGGUUUUCAAGUGACGAAGAAAGAAAAAUAAAUCGGCAAAAUCAAGAAGAAGAUAAUGAAGAAGAUGAAGUUCCUUCCAAGAGAAAAAAGGGUGGUUUUAUUACCAUGCCAUUUAUCAUUGCAAAUGAGUCAUUUGAGAAAGUAGCAAGUUAUGGAUUGACACCAAAUAUGAUUCUAUAUUUGAUGAAGGAUUACAAGAUGAGUUUAGCCAAAGGCCAGAAUUUGUUGUUUUUAUGGUCAGCUGCAACUAAUUUCCUGCCCAUUAUUGGUGCUUUCUUGGCUGAUUCUUAUUUGGGUCGUUUUCUUACCAUUGGUCUUGGAUCCAUCAUUACUUUCUUGGGGACAUUUUUUCUUUGGCUAACAACAAUUGUACCACAUGUUAAGCCUCCUCCUUGCAACCCUUCAGCCAACAACUGCAAAUCGCCUACGACAGGGCAAUACGCCUUCCUAGUACUCGGCUAUCUUCUAAUGUCAAUAGGUGCUGGUGGUGUGCGGCCUUGUUCACAAGCGUUUGGUGCUGAUCAAGUCGAUCAAAGAGAAAAUCCCAAGAAUCGUAGGACACUUGAAAUCUUCUUUAGCUGGUACUAUGCUUGCGCUUGCCUUUCCGUCAUCAUUUCUUUGACGAUAAUUGUGUACAUUCAAGAUCAAUUUGGUUGGAGGAUCGGGUUUGGAAUCCCGGUAAUCCUUAUGUUCUUGUCCGCACUUUCGUUCUUCCUCGCCUCCCCUUUUUAUGUCAAGAAUAAGGUCAAGAAGAGUCUAUUUACUAGUCUCAUUCAAGCUGCUGUCGCUGCUGCACGAAACAGAAAAAUGACCCUACCACCCCAAGGUUCGAGUGUGCAGUAUUAUCAUAAGAAUUCUUCAAUAACCAUUCCUAGUGACAAACUAAGGUAUUUGAACAAAGCUUGUAUAAUUCAAAAUCCGAACCAAGACAUUGGUACGGAUGGAUUAGCGAAAAAUCCAUGGAAACUAUGCACGGUGGAGGAAGUGGAAGAGCUAAAGUCUCUUAUUAGAGUGCUACCGAUUUGGUCAACCGGGGUUUUGAUGUCUUUGCACACGAACCAGGGCUCAUUUGGUCUGCUUCAAGCAAAAUCGAUGGAUAGACAUCUAGGCCGAAAGUUUGAAGUACCGGCUGCUUCUUUUGGUACAUUCAUGAUCAUCGCCAUAGUACUUUGGAUUCCUAUUUAUGAUCGGGUACUAAUUCCCUUGGCAUCAAAAAUCCGCGGCAAGCCUAUUCGCCUUGGUGUGAAGGUAAGAAUGGGAAUCGGUCUAUUUUUCUCGUUCAUCGCUGUGUUUAUUGCUGGACUAGUGGAACACGUACGAAGGCAACAUGCCAUUAAGCAAGGGUUCACAAACAACCCAGAAGGCGUCCUCAACAUGUCUGCCUUUUGGCUUGUAAUCCAACAUAUCUUUAGCGGGUUAGCUGAGGCUUUUAAUGGUAUCGGACAAACAGAAUUCUUCUACUCGGAAAUGCCUAAGACCAUGUCGAGUAUAGCGACGUGUAUGUUCGGAGUAGGAAUGGCGGUGGCAAGCUUGAUAGCUAGUCUUAUCUUAAAUUUAGUAGAUGAUAUUACGAAGAAAGGAGGAAAAGAUAGUUGGGUAUCAAGCAACAUUAACAAGGGUCACAUUGAUUAUUACUAUUUUCUUUUGGCUACAAUAAGUUUCUUGAAUAUAUUGUAUUAUAUUUUGUGUAGUUGGGCUUAUGGACCUAUUGAUGAAAGUAAACAAAAGGUUGUUGAUGAAGAGGAGUUGGCUAUGCUAAGGAAUACUAGUGUCCAAGAGAAGAGAAAUCUUAAAGACAACUUUGGUUUAUCAAAAUCAAAUCAGGCUUGAUGCUUCAUCAUCAUCACCAUCAAUCCAUUGUUCCGCUCUGAAACAGGAUCUGAAUGAGACAAGUUCAUAGACUAUUCAUACCCGUAUUUCCUUCGAUGAGAGGGCCAGAGGACUGUGGUCAAUAUAAGCUUGAUGCAUGUAUAUGAUUAUUAAUUCUAUUUGGUAAAAAUAUAGAUUAUGUUUUUUUUGGGAUAAGCCUAGAAAAUCUCUUACAGAUGAAGAGAUGAAGAGAAGGGGAAAUUAAUUUUUUGUAUAGACUUCGUCAGAAAGGUGAUAGAAAAAUCUUCAACUUCGAUUUAUCAUGAUUUUCGGUGGAUCAUGUAUUUUAGUACGAGUAAAAGAAAUAUAUAUGAUUUAGGAUAUAAAUCAGAUUGUUGUGCUUCACUUACAACCUUGUAUGUUUUUUAUAGGUGUGUUUAUGAUGGUAUUUUUUUAAGGGAAUUUUUGGUUAAUUGUAUUCGAUUUUAAAACUAUGUAAAUUAAGGUAUAAAAUAUUUACAAAUUCAUCCAAAAAUUUUAUAAUAUUUCAGUUUGAAUA